UGCUUGCGACUGUGGUUCCCUUUAUCAUGCAAAAAAUCAAAUCGUCACAAUUUGGAAUUAAAGUAUGGGAAUGAAUUUGUAAAUAAAAUAUAUAAUGAUGGUGAUCAAUUUUGUGUUUCCUGUUUAAAAAAUAUUUAUAAAGGACAUUACCCUCUAUAUUGGUCUGGAAAUUACAAUGUGGUUUAUCCUGUUCCAGAAGAAUUAAAAGAUUUAACAACCUUAGAAGAAAGAAUGGUCUCAGCCAGAAUACCAUUUAUGCAAAUUAGGGAAGUUGGCUAUGCAAGACAGUGCUAUAUAACUGGUCAAAUUGUUAAUGUACCAGUUAAUGUAGAUACCACUACUAGAAUCCUUCCAAGAAAUUUAGAUGACACACAGACAAUUCAAGUUCAGCUAAAGAAAAAACUUAAUUUCAAAAAUGCUUAUUUGCUUGAAACCAUUAGACCUGCAGUUGUAAUUAAAGCAGCUAAAUAUUUAUGUCAACAACCCCUGUAUGUCCAAGAAGGUAUUCAAGUGUCUGACAAUUGGCAGAAAGACAUAGAAAACUACAUUAGCUCACAACAAAAUCAUAAUGACGAUGAUGAUAUAUUAAUAGAUGCAUUAAUUAGGCAGAUUGAUCUUGAAUCAUUCAAGUGUAGUACAACAAAACAUAUAAAUAAUAUUGCGGUGGAUAAACUAAAUAAUUGUGAAACAAUGGAAGUCGAAAAAUCAAAUAUUGCUGUAAGGUGUAGUAAAAAAGAGGCCAAUAUCUAUCAGUUGGAUGAAUUUCUAGAAGAUGAGGAUGAAGAACCAUUGAAUCCUGGUGGCCAAGAAACUUUAUUAGACAAGAAUAAUCUAGAAAACAUCUGUUUCGCCCCUGGGGAAGGAAAAACUCCAAUCCAUUUAAUGCAGGACAAGUACAGUGAUGAACUCUCCUUUCCAAGUCUAUAUUGUGGAAAAAUGAAACAAUUCUUUAUUAAAUACAGCUACUCAGAUGAAAUUAAAAUACAACUUCAACACAAAGACAGGAGAUUUGCAAGGACAGAUUAUCUUCUAUACACAUUUAAAAAGAGCCAAAUAAUUUUAUUAACAAAAGCUGUGUAUACAUGCCUUAGGAAGAAGAAAAAUGAAAGUGGAAAAUAUACAGCUGGACAAGUCAUACAACCCGAUUUCAUCGAGCAACUUGUAAAAAAUGAUGAUGGCUAUCAUUUUCUUAAUAAAAUAAAAGGUUCUCCGGCAUACUGGAAACAAGAGAAAACAAAACUAAUGUGUAUGAUUCGACAGUUUGGAAUUCCAACAUUAUUCAUAACCAUUUCUGCAGCUGAAACAGCAUGGCCUGAAUUAAUUGUAAUAUUAGCCAAGGUUGUUGAUGGUAAAGAAAUUUCACUUGAAGAAGCUAAUACCCUCUCUUAUUUGGAUAAGACCCGUUUAAUCAGGACCGACCCUAUAACGUGUGCUCGAUAUUUUGACCAUAGAUUUAAGUUGCUAUUUAAACACAUGAAGAGUGAUAGUGGACCAUUUAAACAACACCCAAUAGUGCAUUUUUACUAUCGAGUAGAAUUUCAACAUCGUGGCUCACCCCAUAUCCAUGGAUUACUAUGGUUAGCAGAUGCCCCCAAAUUUGAUGAAACCGCUGAAAGUUUCAAAGAAUGCUGCAAGUUUGCCGACAAGUUCAUCACUUGCCAGGGAGAUCUAGAGAGUGUCAAUGAAAUAAUCCAAUUCAACACUCAUCAUCAUUCAAAGUCUUGCAAGAAAGAUAUAAAGGGAUAUGAGGUCUGCAGAUAUGGUAUCCCCUAUCUUCCUAUGGAUGAAACCACCAUAUUGAUGCCUAUUAAACUGGACAAGAAAAUAGAUACCAAUAAGGAGCUAAGAAAAACCAUGUCCGAAAAAUUGUUGUUAAUAAAAACAAAAUUACAAAAUAAACCUGAUUUGUCCUUCGAAGGAUUUUUAGCAGAUCUCUGUAUGUCAAAAGAAGAAUAUCUAACAAUAAUUCAACACAACAUAUUUAAGACAACAAUGUUCCUAAAGAGAAGACCUAAAGAUUGUUUCAUCAACAACUUCAAUGAAGAAAUAUUUACUAUGAUGAGAAGUAAUAUGGAUAUCCAGCUAGUCUAUGAACCUUACGGUUGUUGUAGCUAUAUAGUCAACUAUAUAAAUAAAUCCCAAAGAGGUGUGUCAGAUUUACUCAUGAGAACAAUGGAAGCGGUUAAAAAAGGCAACCUCGACAUCAAAGGUAAAUUAAAGGCAAUGGCGUCAGUUUUUUUAAAUGCUAGUGAAGUGAGUGCUCAAGAAGCGGCCUAUUGUGUGCUUCAGAUUCCCCUGCAUGAAACGUCCAGUGGAUAUAUUUACAUUCCUACUAACCCAAUAAAGGAAAGAACAAAGCUAUUAAAAUCCUUAGCAGAACUAAAAGAAAUGUCUGCUGAGGACACCAAUAUCUAUUGUGAUGGCUUGAUUGAACAUUAUGAACAGAGACCAGACAAACUUGAAAAUAUUUGCUUGGCAGAAUUGGCCGCCUAUUAUCAAUUCUCCAAGAAGGAAGAACAAUCAAAAAAAGCAACCAUAUUUCCAUUGAAAGAUGGAAGCGGAAUCUUAAAUAAAAGAAGUCAUCCUAAAAUCAUAUCCUAUCGACGUUAUGGACUACAACAAGACCCUAUAAACUAUUACAGAGAACAGAUCAUGUUAUAUGUUCCAUGGAGAAAUGAAGUAGAUGAAGUUGAACAUGUUGAUCAGCAAAUGAAAUAUGUUGACCGAUAUGCUGAAAUAGUCGAAAAUAGACGGAAAUUUAAUGUUUUAGAUGAGAAAAUAUUAGAUGAGGCAUUGCAAUGUGCCCAAGAUAGAACAGAUAACCUCAUUAAUAAUGGCUUUGAGGGCAAUAUCGACAAUGAGUACAUGGCAUAUGCCAUAGAUAAUCCUGAUUAUAAUCCAUUUGAUGGCAUUGAUGGAAACCAAAAUGAAGCACCUGUUAAACAUAUGGCCUUUCCUACUCCUCAUCAAAUUCCAGACUCAGAGUAUGUGGAACUUAUAAGCAAAUUAAACCAGAAACAAUAUGAGUUCCUAAAUAUUGUACAAGACCAGUUACUUGAAAAACAAUCAUUUUAUUGCGUACUUAGUGGACCAGCUGGUACAGGAAAAAGUCACCUAAUAACAGCCAUAACUCAAACAUUAUUAAGACAUUACAAUUCAAUUCCUGGAAAUAAACCUGAAAGUAUCAAAGUUUUACUUGCUGCACCAACAGGCAAAGCAGCAUUUAACAUUGGCGGAAUAACUCUACAUUCUGCUCUGUCCUUACCAGUUAAUCAAUACGAUGAUGACUUGAUUCCCUUAAGCCAUGAAACAGUCAACACAAUCUAUUCUGCCUUAUGUGAACUUAAACUAAUCAUAAUUGACGAGUAUUCCAUGGUUGGUGCCAAAAUGUUUGGACAUGUAAACAGCAGAUUGCAGCAAAUCUUCAAAUCUGAUGAAGCAUUUGGAAACAUUCCCAUUGUCAUGUGUGGCGACAGUCGUCAACUACCACCAGUAGGAGAUUCCUUUUUAUUUUUGCCAUCAAAGAGGAAUGCCUACAAGGAAAUCUGUGGCACUUAUUUAUGGGACCUUUUUAAGUACUUUGAAUUAACCGAGAUUAUGAGACAAAGUAACGAUAAAUCAUUUGCCAUCGCCUUAAAUAAUAUGGCAUGUGGUGCGAUGACUGACGACGAUGUGAAGUUAAUUAAGUCGAGAGAGGUUCCUACUGACUUCCAAAUCCCAGAAGACACCAUCCAUUUAUUCAGCUACAAUAGUGAUGUGGAUGCAUACAAUAACGAAAAAUUGUCUACGUAUAACACAGAGCGGUCGGUGAGUGAAGCCAAAGAUGUAGUUAAAGGUAGUUGCUCUGAAAAACUAAAAACAUUAUUUUUGGAAUAUGCGAAAGGUUUAAAAAAAUCUGAGAGUUUUGGCUUAAUGUUGACUGUAACUCUACAAUUAAAUGCAAAAUAUAUGAUCUCUCUCAACAUAGAUACCAAGGACGGUUUAGUCAAUGGUGCAACAGGUGCCCUUCGAAAAAUUGAAUAUGAUCACAAUCAGAUUCCAAAUAGAGUAUGGAUAGAAUUUUUCGAUACAAAGACUGGUAUAGAUUGUCGAAACAAACAUAAAGCCCACAUGGAAGCCCACAACAUACCGACCACUUGGACACCAAUACUAAAAACUGCAAGAGCGAUCAAAAUCCAAAAAGGGAGUAACGUCCACGUCGAAAGGCUACAGUUUCCACUUCUCAUCAGUGAGGGAAUCACCAUCCAUAAGAGUCAAGGUGCUACCUAUGAACAAGUGGUUGUUCACAUAAGAAAGCAAAUGUCCAGAAGCAGUGUGUAUGUUGCCUGCAGCCGAGUUACCAAACUAAGUGGAUUGUACAUCAUUGGACAAUUCAAGGCUCCAAGACCACCAACCGACAAAGAUGUUGCUUUCAAGGAACUCAAAAAUUUGCAGACUAAUAAGCUCCUAAUAUCCAGGUAUGAGAACCAAUUUGUCAAAGAUGUUCAUGUUAAAAACGUCAUUGCUUAUCAAAAUGUACAAAGCUUAUCAAAAAAUCUCAAAUUUAUAAAAAACAAUCCGAUCUUUAAAGAUGCACAUUUGUUAUUUUUUGUUGAGACUUGGUUACACAAAAACAAUACUACUAAUAUAGAAAUAAAUGGUUUUGAAUGUUUUGCAAAUUUAUUCAGUAAUGAAAAUGUAAGCAAACCUUUUGGCAUAAUUUGUUAUAAGAAAAAAGAUUUAACUGCAAAAAUAAGUUCAAUAAAUAAGUACACUAAAAAUUUCUCUGGAAUAGUUUUUCAAGCUGUAACAUUUCUUUUAAAUGAUAUUUUUGUUAUGGUAGUAUACAAUCCUCCAAAAUUAACGAUUUUACAAGCCCAACGUUGUUUAAGUGACAUUAUUUUUGGUCAGCAAGGACGGAUAUUAAUUAUUGGUGAUUUUAAUCAAGACAUAAUAAAUGAGACACAAAAUGGCCUUAAAAUGACUUUGAAUUUCAAAGGUUUAACAUCUAAACUUAGUGUAGAUGAAUCUACUACAAAAUCUAAUACUCAAAUUGAUUGGCUUUUCAGUAACUUUAAAAAUUUACAACAUUUUAUAUAUAAUACCGUUUAUAGUCAUCAUAAAGCCAUAGUGGUUAGUAUUUAUGAUAAAGAUUUUAUUCCAACAUUACCAAAAACUGUUAAUGAGUCUAAAAAAGUAUCUCAAAAAUUACACUUUAAUGUUAAGAAUACUAAUAAUAAUAAUCAAUAUUUAGCAACCCAAGCAUCCUUACAGGAAGAUGAAGAAAGUAUUAAUAAUGAUGAUGACAUUAUUUUAAGUUCUGAUGAUGAGAGUAUCCCUCAUGUUUAUAGCACACCACCUUCAUUGAUGAAUAGAGAUAAUGUUUCGUGUUAUGCUAAUAGUGUUUUACAGUCACUUUUAUGUUUACCAGAAAUUCGUGAUUCAAUUUCAAAGCGAAACACCAACAUUAACUCUAGGAUUCAUGACAUUAUGCUAAAGAGAACAAAUUCUGCAAUGGCAGUGAGACAAUUACUAGGAGGCAUAUUCCUACGGCAAGAGCAACAAGACGCUGAAGAAUUCUGUAGAAAAUUAUUGAGAAAAUUGGACGUAGACGAUGUUCAAAUCCACAUUAAUGCUCGAGCCCAUCUGGAUGUAAAACAUUGUGAAAACUGCAACAUUAAUGAAUAUGGAAUCAACGAUAUGGUCAGUAUAUAUAUAGCAUAUUUUCCGGAAAACUGUGGAAAUAAUAUAAAUUUUGAAUUGAUGUUUAUUCCUAGACAAAGUGAAUUAAUAUGUCAAAAUUGUAGUAAUAACUUAACAACAUUUUCUAAACUUACCUUUGUUUCUAAAUAUUUAGUUUUACAACUUCAAAGGUCUCAAAUUAGAAAUGGUCGUUCAGUUAAAAUAAAUACCACCUUCUCAAAUUUUAAUAAUCAAAAUGUAGUUUUAGAUAAUUUCAGAUUUAAGGUGAAGUGUGUUAUCAAGCAUCAUGGUCAAGAGAUUACUUCUGGCCAUUAUACAUCUGUGGUCAACAUUAAUAAUCAAUGGUGGAACUGUGAUGAUAAUAAUAUAGGCACCAUUUUAAUCGCGGCCAACCAGGUGAUAGUAACCAGAUUUCAAUUUAAAGGAAACACGUUCAAAGGGCUUGACAAUGACAAGUCCAUACACCAAACUUUGACCAGAAGACUACAGAUUGAGGGAAAAAUUACAUCUUCCUGGAGUUUUGGAUUGCUCGAGAUUUAAUUAUUGGUCAUUAAAAUGCAAGACACAGAAAUGACAUCCCUUACUGAGGAAUAGAUACGUUCAAAGAUUUCAGCAAAGCAGAUAUUUCUUUUUUGUUGCACAAUAUUUGGAUAUUAAUGUCGCUGCAAAUGGGCCAAACCUCAACAACGGGAAAUGAUUGAAGAGAAGUUACUUCUAUAUUCGCGUUACAAGAGAGAAGGAAUUAUAAUUGUAUUGGGACAGUUAAAAUGUGGAUUUUACGUAGGGACAAAUUCAAUUAUUUUAAUUAUAGAAAGGCUUUCUUUAUAUCCGACAAUAAAUGUUCCUUAACAAACAAAUAUUUUUAUCGGAUACUAAAAAAUCGGUGAAAAUAGGAUUUCUUUAAUUUUUAUAGUUUUUCUCUUGGCAACUUAUGCAAAUGAUACAUUUAAUAAAAAAAAUCACAUUUAUAAAUGAUUUGAACGAUACCUUCAUUUAGGGAUUACUUAAAAGUGUUCCAUGUUUUCUCUUCAGAUAAUGCAUACAAAAAAAAAUUAGUAAAAAUAAAUAACUUAU